AUGUCUUCAGUGCAUUUCGGCGCCAUGAAUAACGAGCCUUCCAACGAUCCGGCCGGCAACAAUCGCGACUUGGGAAGCCAGAUCUCAAAGCCGACAAAACGCCAACGAUGGGCUACAACGCGGAUCAAUGCCCCCGGAGGUGUGAAGAAGAGAGUUUCCAUCAUGGAUCGCUUACACAGGCGCUCGGAUUUGAAGGAUGAGAAACGCAAGUCCCCCGCUACUGAAGGCCCAACCAACCCUGGGGAGGGCGAAGAAAAGGGUCCGAGUCGACGAGUCUACUUCAAUAUCCCGAUUCCCGAAGCUGAACGAGACGAGGAUGUUUUCCCCAAUAACAACUAUCCGAGAAACAAGAUUCGAACCGCAAAAUAUACCCCACUGACUUUCGUUCCCAAGAACAUCUGGUUGCAGUUCCACAACAUUGCUAACAUCUAUUUCCUGCUUGUUGUUAUUCUCAACAUUCCCUCCAUCUUUGGCGCCAACAACCCUGGUCUGAACGCCGUCCCCCUGAUUGUCAUUAUCGUGGCCACUGCCAUCAAGGAUGCUAUCGAAGACUGGCGACGUACGGUACUCGACAACGAAUUGAAUAAUUCGCCGGUAUACCGCUUAGUGCAAUGGACCAAUGUCAAUUCGACCGAAGAUAACAUCUCAGUAUGGCGACAAAUCAAGAAAGCAUGUACUCGCGCGACUGUCGCCACGUACAGAUUCUCUAGGGAUUUCAUCAACAAGCAGAGAGGCAUCCAACUGAAAAUGGAAGAAGGCAGACGUGCUUCUUUCAUGACAACAGCCACUCCACGGGCUUCAGUAUAUUCACAGCGCGAUUUGUCAAACCCUUAUCAAGGUGGCGACCAUGAUGCUAUCCAGAUGACCCCCGUUCCAUCGCCCAACCCCGAGGUGCGCCCGGAGUGGCCUAAUUCCAAUGGGGAACAGGGAAUCAAGUUCCUUCAUCCCGAUAAGGCUGCUCGCGAUCCGAGGGCCUCUCCUUCGCCCGUUGCAACGCCUCCAAAGAAAGGCGGCAGCGUGCUCGACACGGCGAAGCAAACCCCAGAUGAGGCCCGGUUCAAGCGAGACUACUGGAAAAGCGUCCAAGUUGGGGACUUUAUUCGCUUAUACAACGAAGAUCCGAUUCCCGCCGAUAUCGUUGUGUUGUCGACCUCCGAUCUUGAUGGCGCGUGCUUCGUUGAAACGAAGAACUUGGAUGGGGAGACCAACCUAAAAGUGCGACAAGCCCUGAACUGUGGUCGUCAAGUUCGACAUGCGAGGGAUUGUGAGAAGGCCGAGUUUGUGAUCGAGAGCGAGGCCCCGACUGCCAAUUUGUAUUCCUACAACGCUUCGAUCCGCUGGGAUCAGCGUGAUCCAGAAUCCCCUGAUGCUCCUCGAAAGGAGAUGGUCGAACCCAUCACCAUCAACAACAUGUUGCUCCGUGGCUGUUCCCUUCGCAAUACAGAAUGGGUUUUGGGAGUUGUCGUUUUCACUGGUUCCGAGUCCAAGAUUAUGCUAAACUCCGGCAUAACACCAACCAAACGGGCGCAACUCGCCAAGGACUUGAACUGGAACGUCAUCUAUAACUUCGUCAUUCUGUUUCUCAUGUGUUUUGUUAUGGGCGUCAUCAACGGUUGUGCGUGGGCCUCAAGCGAUAAAUCACUAAAUUAUUUUGAUUACUCGCCACCUGGAGACACCACCCCGCCAGUUACUGGUAUUGUCACAUUCUGGGUUGCCGUUGUCCUAUUUCAGAACUUGGUGCCCAUUCCGCUUUACAUCUCGCUGGAAAUUGUUCGCACGAUCCAGGCUGUUUUCAUUCACCGCGAUGUUUUUAUGUAUUACGACAAGCUAAAACUUGCCUGUGUUCCCCAAUCCUGGAAUAUCUCGGAUGACGUCGGGCAAAUUGAGUACAUCUUUUCUGACAAGACGGGGACGCUGACCCAAAACGUCAUGGAAUUCAAAAAGUGUACCAUCAGCGGAGUCCCAUAUGGCGAAGCUUUCACGGAAGCACAGGCUGGUAUGAAGCGCCGCGAAGGUGGGGAUGCGGAGGCCGAAACUGCGCGUGUCCAAGAAAGGGUUGCCGCCGAUACCGUCAAGAUGCUUGGGAUGCUUCGCGGGAUGCAUGACAACCCUUACUUACGUGACGAAAAUCUGACCUUUGUCUCAUCCAAAUUCGUCUCGGACCUGGAUGGCGCAUCCGGCGAAAAGCAGAAGGCCGCUGCUGAGCAUUUUAUGGUUGCUUUGGCGGUGUGCCAUACCGUUAUCACUGAACAAACCCCCGGUGACCCUCCCCAAAUUGAGUUCAAGGCACAAUCGCCCGAUGAGGCCGCUCUGGUAUGCGCGGCUCGGGAUUGCGGCUUCACCGUUAUUGGAAGAUCAGGCGAUGAUUUGAUCCUCAAUAUCAUGGGCGAAGAACGAACGUACACCGUUCUCAACCUCCUUGAAUUCAACUCUUCAAGAAAGCGUAUGAGUGCCAUUAUUCGGAUGCCUGACGGAACAGUCAGACUUUUCUGCAAGGGAGCGGACAGCAUCAUCUACUCACGCCUGGCUCAUGGCAAGCAACAGGAGUUGAGACGGAAAACUGCUGACCAGCUUGAGGUUUUUGCGCGUGAAGGACUGCGAACCCUCUGCGUUGCAGACCGGGUGAUUGAUGAAGAAGAGUAUCAGACAUGGAGCCGGGAACAUGACAUUGCAGCUGCUGCGCUGACCGAACGUGAGGAGAAGCUCGAACAUGUGGCUAGCGCCAUUGAGCAGGACCUCAUGCUCAUCGGUGGAACUGCUAUCGAGGAUCGACUCCAGGAUAGUGUACCGGAUACCAUAUCUUUGCUCGCAGAUGCCGGUAUCAAGCUGUGGGUUCUGACUGGUGAUAAGGUUGAGACAGCUAUCAAUAUCGGUUUCUCGUGCAACCUCUUGAACAAUGAUAUGGAAUUGAUUGUGUUCGAUGUCCCUGAGUCUCAACUGCAACAGGCUGCGGAAGAAUUGGACCAUCAUUUGCAGAAAUUCGGCUUGACUGGCAGCGACGAAGAGCUCCUUGCUGCUCGCAAGGAACAUGCCCCACCACCGCCAACGCAUGCCGUCGUAAUCAACGGUGACUCCCUCAAGCUUAUGCUCUCCGAUGAAUUGAAGCAAAAGUUCCUUUUACUUUGCAAGCAGUGCCGGUCGGUUCUUUGCUGUCGAGUCAGCCCUGCCCAAAAGGCGGAUGUUGUGAAACUAGUCAAGAAUGGUCUGAACAUUAUGGCUCUGUCAAUCGGUGAUGGUGCCAACGAUGUUACCAUGAUUCAGCAAGCGGAUGUCGGUGUCGGUAUCGCUGGUGAAGAAGGUCGACAAGCGGCCAUGUCGUCAGAUUAUGCCAUUGGACAAUUCCGGUUCCUCCAACGGCUCAUCUUAGUCCACGGAAGAUACUCCUAUCGUCGUAUGGGAGAGACGAUUGCCAACUUCUUCUACAAGAACUUGGUGUGGACAUUUACUCUCUUUUGGUACUGCAUUUACAACGAUUUCGACGGUUCUUAUUUGUUUGAAUACACAUACAUUGUCCUCGUCAACGUUGUUUUCACAUCAUUGCCUGUUAUUUUCAUGGGAAUCCUUGAUCAAGACGUCGACGAUAAGGUGUCGCUGGCUGUUCCUCAGCUUUACAUGAGAGGUAUCGAGCGGAAGGAAUGGUCACAGCUCAAAUUCUGGUUGUACAUGGCCGACGGUCUGUACCAGUCAAUUAUCUGCUUCUUCAUGCCGUAUCUCCUGUACCAACCCGCGAAUUUCGUAACUGCAAAUGGGUUGAAUACUAAUGACCGAACACGAAUGGGAAUUCUGGUUGCUUGUGCUGCCGUCGUCUCCAGCAACACUUACAUUCUCCUGAAUACAUACAGAUGGGACUGGCUGACCGUGCUGAUUAACGCUAUCAGCUCGCUCCUCAUCUUUGCCUGGACUGGUAUCUAUUCCUGUUUCACUGAGUCCGGCCAGUUCUACCACUCAGGAGCGGAAGUAUAUGGUUCCUUGUCCUUCUGGGUGGUCCUUCUCAUCACUGUGUUGAUUUGUCUCCUCCCUCGGUUUGCCAUCAAGUCGGUCCAGAAGGUCUUCUUCCCUUACGAUGUGGAUAUUGUUCGUGAAUGGGUGACCCAGGGUAAAUUCAAAUACCUGGAACAACACGAGACGUACGUGCCUCCUCCAGCUGCUCCUCCUAGUGGUCUCGGGGAUGACUCCGCAACUUCUUCGGACCCAGGGAAGCCAAUUAAACCUUCCAUGAAGCAAAAUCCCUUUUCAGACGAUCACCAGGCCGUGUAUGCGCCGUCUGCUACACGUACUCCUCACACCCAUAAUACAAGGAGCCAGAAUGGAAGUAACGGAACAAAUUUUGCAAAUAGUCUUGAUCAACGCCCGCACCCUCAGCCAGUGGACUACGGGAAUUCGAAUGAACGGACACGUCAUUCUUUUGACGGGGAUCUCGCUAGUUACAAGGCCACGAAUGAUUUCUCGAACAUGAGUGCCCAAGUACAGCCAACUCUACAUGAUCUCCCAAGGGUCAUCACAAUCCUCCCUUGA